AUGGUUCCUGGACAUGGCUCCGAGGGCCAUGACCCUCCGGUAAGGCAAGCUGCCCGCGGCCGUGCACACCGCAGUGAGAGCUCUGGCACAGCCGAAGCAGCCGAAGCCGAUGGGAGCAGGUUGGCAACCCGUGACAGUGAAGCCGCGCAGCCAGCAGCAUCUGGUUUGAGGCAGGCAGCACGCGGGCGAGCUCACCGGACAUCGGACUGUGAUGAGGAGUCUGGACUGGCCGCUGCCGGCAGGACGAGCGAAGCGGAGUCUCCGCCAGAGGCGGCACGCGGUGGAGCCCACCGGACCUCGUGUGACGAGGGCUUUGGCCAAGCGGAUGGCGGCAGGCAAUUACUUGCUGACCACGAUGAGCUUGAGCCAGCAGGUGUGAGGUGGCGUCAUGGCACAUACGUUUGCCUUUCAUGCCGUUAUAGUUCGUUGCAGCUGUAA